AUGAUACCCGAAACAAUUUUGGAUGUUGGUACUGGAAAUGGUAUCUGGGCUUAUGAAAUGGCUAUUCAACUCCCAUCUACUCGAGUGAUUGGUAUGGGACUUCGAUCUGUAUCUGAACAACCUGGUCAACCAAGUAAUCUUGAAUAUAUCCAAACCGAUAUCCAUCAACCAUGGGAUCUUGCUUCUGAUUCUAUUGACUUAAUCUUUCAACGUUCCAUGGGACCAACAGUGACAACAGAACAAUGGAAUCAUAUUAUUUCGGAAAGUCGACGUGUAUUGAAACCGGGAGGUUAUAUUGAAUGGGUAGAAUGUGAUGUGAUGCAUCAUCGACCAGGUCCUAUUCAACAAGCUUUUGAUGAAUUCGUUCAACAAGAAUGGCAUGCCAAAGGAAUGGAUUUUUAUUAUACCUCGACUUUUGAUCAAAGGAUAGAAAACGAUUUUGACUUGGAAUUGCUACAUCAUAUGACAUGGGAUAUUCCGAUUGGUGAAUGGCACGAUGAAAUUCAUGGCAAACAACUAGGAUUUAUCAAUCAGGACGUACAAAAGGCUACCUACCGAAACAAGAAAUCUUACUACUCUUCUGCUUGGUCCAUGACAUCUGAAGAUUAUGAUGCUGCCGUACAAGCUCUUCUUUUGGAGUUUGAAGAAUACAAAAGUUUCUCUCGUUUCCAUUGUUGGUUGGCAAGAAAAAAAAAUCAUGACAUCUCAUCAGCCUAA